AUGAAGCUUGCAAUUACUUUGAAUUGCAAGGCUAGUCCUUUAAAACACAUACAAAAAAUCACUUUCGAAUCUCUUAUUAAAGACAUCACCGACGAGGCUCGAGGCAGCGACUCAACUAAAACAAUCAAUAGUCAAGCUUUGUACGGUAACAAAUCAAACUUAAACUCGAACUCGAAUAACUCGAAUGCGAAUAAUAAAAGAAGAAAUAAAAAUAGAAAUAAAGGUGGAAAUGCAGCAAACAAAUCGAGGCUACAACAGGUUGCAGAUAAGAGACUUGAUUGCAAGCAUUACAAGCAGCCUAAACCUUUACACUUUCUUAAGGAUUACUUCGUUAUCAAUAAAGAGCUACGAAAAGCGUUUGAGAAGAGAACUAGCAAGAAGGCUAUCUUAUACUUCAAGCGUGUUAAAAACAAGAAAGGUAGAGGAAACAAUAACAAAAAGAAGGACGAUAAGGAAGUUAACGGAGAGAUCUUUUCCUAUGCGCUCCUUCUUAAUAAAGAACCUCUAGCUGUUGCUAUUGCAAGUAGCACAGCACAUUAUACGUCGUCAAACAAGAAUCUUCGCGACACUCAAGGUAGUAUUAUAAAAAUGAAGUUCAAAGAGACUAAAACUAGUAAAACACGUGUUUGCGCCCUUUAUAAGAAAGGUCGUUUUAUUCGAAAAACUAAUAAAGUGUUAACACGCAAAAGACUUACGAUUGCUUUACAAGAGCUACACGUAGAUAUAGUCCAUUUGACUCUUAUUAAGAUUCACGGUUACAAAUACGCUUUAAUCUUCACUUGCCUUGCUACAAUAGUUAAACUAGAUUUCGAUAAUAAUUUAAAAGAGACUAAGGACGAAGAGGCUAUCGAGAAGCUCUUUGAACCUUACAGAGCUCCUUCUUCAAACGAUAAGGAAGAGGUCGAGGAAGUCGAAAAGGAGGUUGUUCCCUUUGAGCUAAAUGAUAAGGCUCUUACUAUUCGGAGACUACGCAAAAUCUAUCUUUAG